AGAGAAAGAAAUCCUCGGUGUGGCGCAGUAACUGAAUCGUGAAUUUUACACCUCGUCAGCUUGUAAUAAAGUUACCGGUGUGGUGCGGUUGAAAACGACAUGCGAAAAUUGAAUGAAUAAGUUGAAAGUGAAUAAAAGACACCACAAUGGCUGUGACGUUCUGUGGAAAACGUUUGCUGCUGACACGAACUAAUUUGUUUGCCAACCCCCGGCGAAACGGAUACAUCGUGCUCGUUCCGGAAAUCGGCGAAGAUCUGCCGGAAAAGAAUCCUCUUUCGAGCGCCAACGGUUUGCCAGAGUUUAACAAUGCGACCAUCGAGAAAUGUGUCGCAGCAAUCGGUCAGCAAGCUAUCGCGGCCGAGAAAAGUGUUAAAACGCUCGAAGAACGACUCGGUUCACCCGGACCGCCCUUGGAGGACGUGAUAAAAGACGUCAUACUACCGCUGGAAGCGACCGGAGCCCCGCUAGAGACCACCUGGGGCAUUGCGAAGACGCUCUACCUAGGCAGCAGCUCUCGGCUUCCGACGAAAAGCUACAUGACGAUACACGAGCGCGCCCGGAGCGCCCGGCGGGCCAAGUUCAACAGUGUUCCUAUUUACACCACACUGAAAGGCGCCCUCGAAGCUGGAACCCAAUCCGCUCACGCGAAGGACACGAUAGACCCGCUGGCGACCAGUGAGGAGCACCGGCUGCUUCAGAAGUACGUUCUCGAGGCCAAACUAAGCGGUAUUGAAGUGGACGGCUCGUCGAAAGCUGAACUGAACGAAAUUCUUGAAAAGCUGUCCCAGGAGCGGAACAAAUUUCAGAACAAGCGGGAUGUGGCGGUGAAAAAGUUCCAACAGGUCAUCAGUGACCCGGCACUGAUGAAGGAAUUCCCACCGACGGUGCUCCAGUCACUGGCGACCGACCCUAGUCAGGCGCUAAAAGGUCCGUGGAAAAUUACGCUUCAGCCCCCGGUUGUGGCCAGCUUUCUCGAGCACUGUCCCGAUCGAACGCACCGCUGGAACCUCUGGCAGGCAGAUACGCGCAAAUGUUCCAUCCACACGGACAAAUCGCUCGAGAACAGUUCGCAUCUUGAGGCGAUCCGGUCGCUCCGGAAGCGCCAGGCGAAGCUGCUCGGCUACGAAAGCUACGUGCACAUGUCGAUGGAAACAAAAAUGGCCGGCACGGUCGAUGCAGUCAGCAACGCGUUGGACGAACUGCUGCGUUAUGCUCGGCCCGCGGCCGAACAGGAGCUCGGUGCGCUGCAGCGUUUUUCGGGAGAAAAUGGCUUUCGCGGGCCACUCGAUAUCUACGAUGUGCCGUACUGGAAGCGGCGUCAUCUGGCCACGAUCCACCAGUACGAUCCGGAAGCCCUGAAGGACUACUUUCCACUUCCGACCGUGCUCAGCGGAAUGUUCCGGCUGGCGGAGCAACUGUUCGGCAUCAGGAUCGUCGAACGGGAGGGCGUCGAUGUGUGGCAUGAGGAUGUUCACUUUUAUGACGUGUUUGAUGCCCGUCUGGAAGGGGGAUCUCCUGGUCAGUCGGAACCGAUCGCUGGGUUCUAUACGGACUUUUACUCUCGCGAGAAUGAGAAACUUUUGAUAGCCGGCAACGCAGGCUGGAUGGUGGGCAUCGUUAAUCGGAGCGUUGCGGCCAAUGCACGUCCCCUCGCGGCACUGAUUUGUAACUUCGCCGCUCCGUUGUACGGCAAACCGUCGCUGCUGACGCCCGAUGAUUUGCAGACUCUGUUCAAUCGGUUCGGCCGGGGAUUGCAGCAUUUGCUCACCGAGUGCCGGUACAGCGAUGUGGCCGGUCUUUCGAACAUUGAGUGGGACGCGGUGGAGGUGUCGGGGCACGUGUUUACGCACCUCCUGCACGAUGUCGACACGAUCCGCGCCAUCUCGUCGCACUACACCAACGGGAAUGCGCUUCCGGAACCGUGCAUCGAAGCGAUUCAACGGCGCCGGACGCACCUGGCCGGCUAUCGGUUGUGUCGGGAGCUGUACCAUUCGCAGCUCGAUCUGCAGCUACACCUAACGAGCGACUAUUGGCUCGAUGUCGUGCGUCAGCUCUACCCGCGGUAUCACACGUUUGAGCUUGAUCGCAAGGAUGCGCAUCCGUGUUCGCUGCUGCCGAUCUUCUCCGGCGACUGGGGAGCGGCCUAUUACAGUCACAUCUGGUCGAAGAUGAUUGCGGCAGACGUGUACAGUGCGUUCGCCGAAGCGAAAGAACCGACACUACGCCAGGAAGUGGGCCGACGGUUCCGGGAAACGUUUCUCGCGCUCGGUGGCGGUUGCCAUCCGGCGGAGGUGUUCCGACGGUUCCGUGGCCGCGAUCCGUGCCCGACCGCACUGCUCAAAACGCUUGGCAUUUACAAACCGCUGCACGGCCCGGCUACCGGCCACUCGAAAGCGCCAAAAGACGAGCAGCACUCCCAGCAAUAGUAGCCCGUACCUUUAGAGUCCUAAUAGUUUAGAAGAGGGUAUGGUAGAACCGUUUAUCACAAAACAACUGUUCAUUACCCGCCGAAAGCCGAGCGGAGGGCGAUAAGCAGCAAUAACAAUAAAGAU